AUGUCUCAGGCCGUAUCGUCGAACGUUGUUACCGACCGUGAUCAGAACAACAUGGAUAAUUCUCAAAUGGAUGCAGAUGGUGGUAUGUCUGAAACUGCAGGAGAACCUACAACGAGGACGCCUGCACUCGACCAAACAAUGUCUUCUACCAGGGUUCCUGUGGAUGGCAAGACUUCGACUGAGGUCACAAUAACACCGGGUAUGAAGCUAGAGGUAAAACUGGAAGACCUCUUCGCAGAUGAAGAGUCCGAUGAAGAAUUUCCCAGCUCUCAUAAUCAAGAUAUCAUGGCGUCCAGCCCCCCUGAAGCGUCUUUAUCGCCAGUGCGCGUAGAGGUACCCUCUAAAUUCUCUGACUCGGAUGUUAUGAAUCAGUUUUAUAAACGAUUAUUUCCAUGGCGCUACUUGUUUCAAUGGCUCAAUCAUUCUCCCACGCCGACGACAGAUUUUGGUCACCGAGAAUUUGCAUUUACAUUGCAAAACGACGCAUAUCUUCGCUACCAGUCCUUUCCAACGUCGGAUCUGUUGCGAAAAGACGUUCUCAGACUUAUGCCAUCCCGUUUCGAAAUCGGCCCUGUAUAUACUACGAAUCCUCGUGAUCGUAAGACCUUACGGAAAUCAUCAGCUUUCAAACCGCUGGCGAAAGAGCUGUGCUUCGAUAUCGAUUUGACUGAUUAUGAUGACAUUCGAACAUGUUGCGACAAGGCAAAUAUUUGUAUCAAAUGCUGGCAAUUCAUCACCAUGUCUAUCAAAGUCAUUGACGUAGCGUUACGAGAUGACUUUGGGUUCAAACACAUCUUAUGGGUAUACUCUGGACGACGUGGUGCUCACGCCUGGGUGUGUGAUAAAAAAGCUCGACAAAUGGAUGAUCAGAAGAGAAGGGCAAUCGCAGGAUAUCUGGAAGUCGUUAAAGGCGGUGCUCAAGGAGGAAAGAAAGUCAAUGUUAAAAGGCCACUACAUCCACACGUGGCGCGAAGUCUUGAAAUAUUAAAGACACAUUUCCAGUCGGAUAUACUUCAGGAUCAAGAUCCGUGGGAAACGGAUGCCAAAUAUGAACGUCUCCUGGAGCUGCUUCCCGAUCGUACAUUAAAUGACGCCCUGAGGAAAAAGUGGAGUUCAUCUCCAGGAAGAGCGUCGACAGCCAAAUGGGCAGACAUUGACGCGCUCGCUAAAUCUGGGACAAGCAAAAAUCUGGACUCGAAAGCCUUGCUUGAAGCCAAACAAGAUAUCUUACUCGAAUACACAUACCCCAGGUUGGAUAUUGAGGUUAGCAAGCACUUAAACCAUCUUCUCAAAAGUCCAUUCGUAGUCCAUCCGGGCACUGGAAGGGUCUGCGUUCCAAUCAAUCCAAAGAAGCUACGAGAGUUUGAUCCACUGGAUGUCCCAACAGUCACUGAGCUGUUAACGGACAUAGAUGAGUGGCUGCCUCCCGCCGAGGACAAAAGUGAAGGAAAGCCUGUUGCUGAUUGGGAGAAGACCCGACUCAAGCCUUAUAUCGAGCACUUUAGGUUAUUUGUUGCCACGCUGAUGAAGGAUGAGAGUGACGUUAAGGGAAAAAGGGAAAGGGAAGAUGCUAUGGAGUUUUAA